CAGGAUAAAAAAUCCUGGAAAUAUUCUAUUCUUUGGAAAAAUUCGGUAAUCAGAAUGCUGAGGUCCAGAUCGCAGGGGUCAGUCUGCGAACACGAGGCGAAGUUUGUUCAAGAUAGAAUAACUGGGGUAGAGAAACAUUUUGCUGAAUUAUGUACAGUAUUCGCUGCGUACACGAGAAAGGCCGCUAGAUUGCGGGAUAAGAAUGACGAAGUUGCCAAAGUCAUACAGACGUAUGCUGAGACUGAGACGAUCAAUCGAUCGUUUAGCAGUGGAUUGAGAAAUUUUUCCACUACUCUAUCGGUUAUCGGGGAUUACAGAGAUGCAGAAGUUCGAAGAUUAGAUGCAAAAAUUGUCGCCCCCUUCUCCCAGUAUUCAAUAAUUUGCAAAAAUGCACGUGAAGACGUGAAAAAUACAUUCACAGCCAGAGACAAGGAAUUGGUAAAGAGAAGACAAUUAGAUAAAGUCCGAGAGAAGAAUCCCAGGAAUAGACAAUUGAUCUCCCAAGCUGAAUCAGAAUUGAUGAAAGCCUCAGUGGAAGUUUCACGAGUGAUAAAGGGUCUGGAGGAGCAAAUAGAUUCCUUCGAGAAACAGAAACUUCAUGACCUUAAGCACUUGCUCCUCGAUUUUGUGAGCAUUGAGUUGAGUUUUCACACGAAGACUGUGGAACUUCUGACGAAGGCGUAUCGAGACAUUGCUGACAUCGAUGAAGCCAGAGAUUUAGAGGACUAUCAAGUAGCCAGAGGAGAGAAUAGCGGGGAAUUUCGAGAGGUUCUCAAUGUUCCUGAAACGAUGGCACGUCUAGACACCGUGAGGAGAACAUCUUUCCGGCAGUCGCAUUCCCUGGGGAAUUUAGCAAAUCGUCUCGCAUCCUCACCAUUGAACUUGAAAAAAUUAGCUAGCAGACCUACAGAGUCAAUUGACUCUCUGAAGGCAUCAUCGGACUCAGUUCAAGUCGAGGAAUACGGAGACUCCACUGAGGAAGAAGAGUCCGAGGAGUCGAUCCAGCGACGUCCAGUGAGACCCAACCCCAAAUCCACGUAACCAUCCACUCCAUAAAUACCAAUUAACUCAAUAAAAUUGAAUUUAUCAGGUGUUAUCGAAGACAGUAAUCCCUAAAUCCCCUCGACGAUUCGUCCUGAAACUUUU